GAAAAUUUCAUCUUCAGGGAGACGAAGACAUAAUUUCAAUUCUUUUCUCAUCAAAGUUUCUAAAACAAAAAUCUUGGCCUAAAGAGGUGACGUCAUCUCCACCCUCUCGUAAUUUUUCCAAUUUUGCCCUUGGAAGCUGCUUCGCCUUUUUUUUCAAUUUCAUCAAGGGUUCUGAGAUUUUUUUCUCUCAGCUUCUUCGUAGGUUUUUGAUCCGAGGAAAUCGAUUUCAUCUCUGAUCAUCUUUGUGACGAAGGAAAUGGAGCUCGAUUUUGACGCUAGUAACUUGGUUGAAGAUGAAGCUGUUGAAGUUGAACAUAAUGGUAUGACUGAAAUUGAAGGGGAAAGAUGUGGAAUUUGCAUGGAUAUAAUUAUUGAUAGAGGCGUUCUUGAUUGCUGUCAGCACUGGUUCUGCUUUGAAUGCAUUGAUAAUUGGUCUACGAUUAUGAACCUCUGCCCUCUAUGUCAGAGAGAGUUUCAGUUGAUUACAUGUGUCCCUGUGUUUGAUUCAGGUGAAAGCAGCAAGGUCGAUGAGGAUUUGGUAUCAGGAGAUGAAGAUUGCUGCAUUGAGGAGGAGACUGAUGUCGUCUCUUCUCCGUCACACUAUAUUGACGAUACACACUAUAUUGAUGAAAAUGCAGUUGUCUGUUUAGAUGGAGAUCUUUGCAAGAUUCGUAACACUUUCAGUUACAUUGAAGGGGAUUCAAACCUUGAUACAUCAAUUGCUUGUGAUUCGUGUGAUAUGUGGUAUCAUGCUAUUUGUGUGGGUUUUGACGUGGAAAAUGCAUCUGAGGAUACAUGGGUAUGUCCGAGAUGUCUCUCUAAUGAAAAACCACAUGAACCCGAUACCUCGCCAAUGGAGACACAACCUGAUACCUCACUAAUGGAGACAAGAAAGUCCCUGGAUAUUUCUGAGAAGACAAAUAGCGGAUGCUCAGUAGAGGCUGUUUACUCUGGAAACUUUUCAGUUACAGUUGCUGAUGACGGCGAGACAGCUCUUGUUGUAUCAAUAGUCAAAGGAGACGAGUCUCAUAUGGGACCAAGUGAUACCAACCCAUUGCCAGUUCAAGCUAAAAUGGAUGGAGACCCAGAUAGUUCGCAUCUUAAAAUUCUUUGUAGGGAGGAAAAUACAGAGCAGGUCGCAGUCAAAUCGGAACUCAACCAGUCCUUACCACAUGAUAUAUCAUCAAGACUAUCUUCUGAUUCAGAUCAACCAUUUUUUGCUGCAGACAUAGAGAAUAGAGCAGACCCUGUUGUAGAGAAGGAUUGUCUGUCGAUAGAUGAUAAAAAAAAUCUUUCCACUGCAGCCAUUUCCAAUUCAGAUGUUGCCAGUGUCAUCAGCUUAAAGAGAAAGCAUUCAGAUUGCAGUGGGGAUGAUGGCAACUCAGAAACUAAACCUGAGAUUUACGAAUCUCUCAAUGAACUAAAACUGGAGGAAGAGGAAGAAUUAACUACCGUUCACCACGAGAGCAGAUCCCCUUCAAACAAUACAACUGUUGAUAUAUUCAGCAUUGUCAAAGGAACUGGCCGUAGAAAAAAUCUCAUGCGUUCAAAUCCUACUGAUAAGUCUUCAGAAGCAGAGAAUGCUGCUGGUUUGAGGGUAAAGAAGAUCAAGAGGACACCGGAGGACGAGAAAGAGUCAAUGGUUCUGGUUGAGAAACUAAGGAAAGAAAUAAGAGAAGCCGUUCGUAACAAAUCGAUGGAGGACAUCAGAGAAAACCAAUUCGAUCCAAAACUUUUGGCUGCCUUUAGAGCUGCUGUGGCAGGACCUAAAACUGGUGAAGCACCUAGAAGAAGUUCUGCUCUGGCUGUGAAGGCAAAGAAGUUGAUGCUGCAGAAAGGAAAAGUCAGAGAGAAUCUGACGAAGAAAAUUUAUGCAGAUUUAAAUGGGAAGCGAAAAAGUGCAUGGCACCGGGACUGUGAAGUUGAGUUUUGGAAGCAUCGGUGCAUACAAGGUAGAAAGCCUGAAAAAAUUGAAACUCUGAAGUCUGUGCUUAGCCUCUUGAAGAAUAAACCAGCUGACACCAAAACAAACUUUUCAUCUGAAACCCCACAGGCCUCAAAUCCUAUCCUCUCCAGAUUGUAUUUGGCAGAUACCUCCGUGUUCCCAAGAAAUGAUAAUCUCAAGCCUCUUUUGGCACCGAAAGAAAUGGGAAACUCACAAAACAAUGGAAAACCCACAGAAGCCAGCAAGACCUUACCAAAAAUUAGUGCUGCCAAGGGGAGCAGUGUAAAAGCUGCUGGAUCAAAACUGAACUCAGGAAACAAACAGUCGGAUGGGCAACCCAAUCUUACAUCAAGUAACUCUAAGGAAAUGGUUGAAAAUCCUGACGAUCUCAAGAAAGACAAAAGGAAAUGGGCAUUGCAGGUUCUUGCAAGAAAGAAAGCUUUAGCUGGCAACAACUCAACCCAAGACAAAGAAGGCUCUCCCGAGCUUAAAGGGAAUUAUCCAUUGUUGGCUCAACUUCCAGCUGAUAUGAGACCAAGCCUUGCAACUAGUCGCCAUAAUAAAGUUCCUGUGGCAGUUAGGCAGACACAAUUAUAUCGCCUGACAGAACAUUUAUUAAAGAAAGAAAACCUUCUGACUAUUCGAAGAAGUGCAGCGACAGAACUAGCCGUUGCUGAUGCUAUAAAUAUCGAGAAGGCGAUUGCUGACAAAUCAAGUAGCAAAGUUGUGUAUCUGAAUCUAUGCUCACAAGAAAUACUGCAUCAUUCAGAGAGCAAAACGAUGGAUAAUGCUGUAGAACCAAAUUCGUCAUCACCAAUGGCUGAUAGUGAGUCAGAACGUAUAAGUAGUAAAGAUUCAGAUAAUCCAGCCGUCCUUGAAGCGCUCAGAGCAGCAGGUCUUGCUGAUUCACCACCAAACAGCCCGACCCGUUCAGUAGAAGUUCUUCCAGAGAAAGGAGACAGUUCCUUGGACAAGACCAGGGAGACAGGCCCAUAUAAUGUAUUUGACAUGGAUUCUGUUCCUGAUACAGACAUCUUUGGGGAUUUUGAAUAUGAAUUGGAUGAAGAAGACUAUUUCGGUGCUACAAUGGCUAAAAAAGCUUCAGUAAUGCAGCCGGAUGAAAGCUUGACUAAGGUGAAGGUAGUUUUAUCCACUGUUCAACCUGGAAAGUCUUUGAAUCCAUCCGAAGUCGUAGAGGAUGAAGAGACAACAACUGAAAACCUGAACGAGACCACAAAUGGAAAAGAAGAUGGAAAGAGCUUUGUUCCUAUGGAGCUUGUACCUGAGGCUGAGGGAGAAGGAGAAGGAGAAGGAGAAGGAGAAGGAGAAGGAGAAGGGGGAGGUGAGAUCCUUUCUGUAGCUGAAUGUGAAGAACUAUACGGACCUGGUACAGAGAAACUAGUUGAAAGACCUCUCAUCGAAGGAUUUGCUGAGAAUGGUGUUAAAGCUAAAGCCCCUGAUUCAGAGUGCGAGAGCAACACACAGAGAGAGUUCAUCGCUUCAAACUUUGAAAUCACUUGCAUUCAAGAGAAAAAACUUCCCAGAAGCAUUCAAAAGUGCAAACCAAGCGAAAAGCCGUCUAAAGAGGAAAAAGGCAAAGCUGAUGGCUUUGGUAACUCCAUCACCAAGAAGGUGGAAGCAUACAUCAAAGAACAUAUUAGACCACUGUGCAAGAGCGGAGUGAUAAACGUGGAACAAUACAGAUGGGCAGUGACUAAAACCACAGAAAAAGUGAUGAAGUAUCAUAGCAAAGCCAAGAGUGCUAACUUCUUGAUCAAAGAAGGAGACAAGAUCAAGAAACUUGCCGAGCAAUACGUCGAAACCGCUUCCUCUGGAGCUCACCACAAGGAUAAGUGCAAGUGAGAAAAUCAGAUGGCGUAAAUAAGAAGAUGAAGUAACAAGUAGUUCAGUACAAAAACGUAAAUAGAUUUUAACUAGUAUCUCUCUUUUGUCUUCUCCACGGGUUUUGGAAACUGAGUCUUCUUCUCUUAGGGCGAGAGAAGCAAUUCUUGUUGUACCCCGAACCAGAUAGACCUAAACUGUGUCUGAAACUGAGAUUUACUUGGUCGCUGACAGGUUUUUGAAAAAAUAUUUAGAGAUGAAAAUGAUAUAUUUAUUAUUAGUUACAUA